CUGCUGAUCUCCCCUAUAAUCUCUGGCUCGAUGCAUAACCUACAAUUCCCGUUGGAAGAAUCUCGCCAUUCGUAGUUUACUCGCUGUAUAGACUGGUCUAUAGCAUCUUUUUCAACGUAUCCUAAGAUAAUAGUGAUAAUCUCAAGUAAAUAUUUCGGAAAGAUUCCCAUUCUAAAGUUGUGAUCCUUAUAUCAUCUACAAUCCUGAAGAGACGUUAAUGGUUGGAAAAAAUGCCUAAGAAUGAGUAUAUUUUGGGACUAUGGGGGUUUGCAAUGCACUUGACAAUCCUCUGGGGUGUCUUAGACGUCAAUUUCCAUUCUCCGAUAUUAAGAGAUUUGAGUCCAGUGCCACCAGUUGAUGGACCCCCGGCGAAACGCUUAUUCUUAUUCAUUGCCGAUGGACUUAGAUACAGAACCUUCGCCAAGUCCACGCCCAACUUCCUCGGUAACAUUAUGCGGAAGGAAGGAGUUUGGGGAAUCUCUCAUACUCGAGUCCCUACAGAAUCAAGACCCGGUAACGUUGCAAUUGCGGCUGGAGUCUAUGAAGACCCUAGUGCUCUUUUUAAAGGAUGGAAAGAGAAUCCCAUAGAUUUCGACUCAACAUUCAAUCGGAGUACUGCGAGUUGGGCCUGGGGCAGUCCUGAUAUAGUGCCCAUGUUUAUUAAAGGUAGUCAUGGAAAUGUUCAUGGAGCAACUUAUCCUCACGACUGGCAAGAUUUUGAUAAAGAAUCGAACUCCCCGAGACGGUUAGACGAGUGGGUUUUCAAGAAAUAUAGCAGUUGGCUUAAGAACGAGGCGAAAACCGUAAGAAAUCAAAGUGGAGUGAUCUUAUUCUUUCAUUUAUUGGGGUGUGACACUGUGGGACAUGCCAGUAAACCAACAUCAAGGUAUCUAUAUCUUGUAGUAAUAAUAUAACAUAGUGGUUAAAAACAAUGUAAGAACGGGAAUCUUAAGUGAAGACAGUUUGAAAUAUUUUCAAAAUAUUUUGAUAGGCGUUUUU